UAUUCAUAUAUAUAUAUAUUUGUACAUUAUAAUGACACAUCAAGAUCAAAAUCAAACUACUAUUCAAUUUGAUGCAUUACCAGCUGAAGGAUACCGUCAAAAAUAUGCCAAUAAUGAAAAGAUAUCACAAAAACCCCUUACUAGAAGUUCUACUGGUCAAAGUAGUGGUAGUUUUGAUACAAAAUCUGUUAGAUCUGUAGUAAUGAAACGUAUGAAAUUGGUAAAACGAUUCAAGAAAAAAAAGAAAUUAAACAAUGCAAUGGAUGAACAAGAAGAUCGUGUGGAAGGACCUCCUUAUCAUACUAUGGAUUUAACUACUGUAGCUGAAUUACUCAAGACUGAUUUGGAAGAUGGUUUAUCGGAUCAAGAUAUUGAACAACGUCGUGCUGAAUCUGGUUAUAAUGAAAUGGAAGGUGAAGGUGGUGUUAAUCCUUUUCAAUUGUUAUUAAAACAAUUCCUGAACGUUAUGGUUUUGAUCUUAUUGAUUGCUAUGGUUGUUUCUUUUGUAUUCAAGGACUGGAUUGAAGGUGGUGUUAUCUGUGCUAUUAUGUUUCUGAAUGCUGGUGUUGGUUUUGCUCAAGAAUUCAAAGCUGAAAAAACAAUGGAUUCCUUACGUCAAAUGGCUUCUCCUACUAGUGUUGUCGUUCGUAAUGGUCAUCAAAAGACUAUUGGUACUCGUGAACUUGUUCCUGGUGAUAUUAUCAUUCUUAAAAGUGGUGAUGUUGUAGGUGCUGAUUGUCGUAUUGUAGAAGCUUUCAAUAUGGAUAUCGAUGAAGCUCUCUUAACUGGUGAAUCUCUUCCUGUGAAUAAAAUGACUGAACAAAUUGAAGGUGAGGAGGUACCUUUGGGUGAUCGUGUGAACAUGACCUAUUCAAGUACCGUUCUGACCAAAGGGCGUGGUAAAGCUCUUGUUACAGCUAUUGGAAUGCAAACUGAAAUUGGACGUAUCGCCAAACGACUCUUGGACAGUGGAGACAAUCAAAAAACGCCUCUUCAAAAAUCAUUGGAUCGUAUGGCUUGGGCUUUGUUGGCAGUCGCUAUCUUAUCAGUCAUAAUCGUAUUUGCUUGUGCACGCUUCCAUAUCAAUGAUGAUGUGAUUCUCUAUGCUAUCUCAACGGCUAUUUCAGUGAUUCCUGAAGGUCUAGUGGCUGUGGUGACCCUUACUCAAGCUUUUGGUGUUCAUUCUAUGGCCAAACGCAAAGCUUUAGUGCGAAGAUUGGCAGCUUUGGAACUUCUUGGUGCUGUGACAAAUAUCUGCUCCGAUAAAACUGGUACAUUGACUCAAUCUAAAAUGGUGUUAACUAGACUCUGGCGUCCUGACAGUGGCUUUUUUAGUAUUAGUGGACUUGGCUUUGAUAUCAAAGGGGAUAUGAUUCGCGAAAAUGAUGACAAAAUGAUGGAUCCAGCUGACUUAUCUAAUGGAUUACGUUAUAUGACAACAACAGCAGCACUUUGCAAUAUGAGUGAAAUUCGAAAAAACAAAACAACUGGAGAAUGGAAUGGUAUUGGUGAUCCAACUGAAGUGGCAUUACAAGUGUUUGCAUACAAGAUGAAUAUGGGAAAACCUUCUUUGACAAAACCCAGCAAAGAUAGAAACAAUAUUAUCGGUGAUGGUGUAGGUAGCAACAGCAAUGAACAACAACAAGUUUGGAAACUAGUGGCAGAAUAUCCAUUCGAUUCUACAAUCAAACGAAUGAGCACGAUUGCGAAAUCCCCUGAAGGCAAUUACAUUGGUUAUCUUAAAGGUGCAACUGAACGGGUCCUUCAAUGUUGUGUGGGUUAUUAUCAGGAAAAUGGUGACAUCAAAUCGGCAAAUCCUCAAGAAUUAGAAGAUCUCGUUCUCCCCCAAGUCGAUACUCUUGCUUCUGGUGGUUUACGAGUUCUUUCUUUGGCAAUGCGAAAAAUGAAAGCGGAAGGUGAGGUUACUGGUGAUACUUUUACUCGUGAAGAUGUAGAACAAGAUAUGAUCUUUUUGGGUCUUGUUGGUAUUUAUGAUCCUCCUCGUGAAGAAUCAAAAUAUGCUGUAGAAAGUUGUCAUCAAGCAGGAAUCACUGUACAUAUGCUCACUGGGGAUCAUAUUGCUACGGCUACUGCUAUUGCUCGUGAAGUUAGAAUCAUUCCUGAAGAUUAUGGGUUAAAAAAAGACACCAAUGGACAUCAAACAAUUGAAACAGCAGAAUUAGUCAUGUCAGCACAGAAAUUCGACAAACUGACAGAAGAGGAAAUUGAUCGAUUGACUGAACUCCCAUUAGUAAUUGCACGUUGUAGCCCUGAUACCAAGGUCAAAAUGAUUGAAGCUCUCCAUCGACGGAAGAAGAUUGCUGCUAUGACUGGGGAUGGCGUCAAUGAUAGUCCUAGUCUCAAAGAAUCAGAUAUUGGUAUUGCUAUGGGUGAAGCUGGAUCGGAUGUAGCUAAACAAGCAGCUGAUAUUGUCUUGGUCGACGACAAUUUCUCAACCAUUGUAAGCGCUAUUCAAGAAGGUCGUAGAGUAUUCAGUAAUAUCUCCCGUUUUGUGGUUCAUAUGGUCUCUGCCAAUGUAUCUGAAGUCACUCCUCUUUUAAUUGGUCUUGCAUUCAAGGAUACAAUGGGUAAUUUGGUUUUCCCUAUGUCACCUAUUCAGAUUUUAUUCAAUAAUAUUUUGACAAGUUCACCUCCUGCUAUGAGUCUCGGUUUGGAACCUAUUCAUGCGGAUGCAAUGACAACACCUCCUCGUACAUCCAAACAAAGCUUAUUCUGCUUGUCGAACCUAAUGGAUAUUCUGUAUUAUGGUUUUAUGAUUGGUCUCAUCUGUUUCUGCAACUUUAUCGUGGUGAUCUGGGGUGGCGCGGAUGGAUAUGCAUCUUUGGGGAUUGAUUGUAACAAGGAAUAUGAUGAAGGUUGUAGAACCGUUUACCAAGCGCGUGGUGCUCUCUUUGCCACUUUGACGGUGCUAAACUUGUUACAUGGCUUCACUUGCCGCGAUCUGAUUCAUUCUACCUGGAGUUUCAAGGCAUUGCGUGGACCUCAAAAUUUUUACUUGUAUGGCAGCUUUUUGUUUGGCUUGGUUCUAUUGGUGAUCGUGUUGUAUGUGCCUGUCCUGAAUACCUCCGUCUUUAAGCAUGAAGGGAUCACUUGGGAAUGGGGGAUGACUGCCGCUUCUGUCUUGGCCUAUAUUGCUUUGGCUGAACUUUGGAAGGCUCUCAAGCGCAAGUUUUAUCACAAGAUAUAGAACUCAUGAUUAUUAUUAUUAUUGUUAUUAUCAUUAUUAUUGUUAUCAUUAUUAUUGUUAUCAUUAUU